AUGUCUGACGAUCAGGAACAAGUGGCCGCACAGGCUGCCCUGGAAGCCCUGCAAAUGCACACGUCUGAAAGCGCUAUCGCGAAAAAUAUCAAGCAGGAAUUUGACAGACGCUAUAAGCCCGCCUGGAAUUGCAUUGUUGGGAAACAUUUUGGGAGUUAUGUAACGCACGAAAGAGACAAUUUCAUUCACUUCACACUCGGUAAAGUGACCGUCCUUCUCUUCAAAACCGUCCCCGCUCCAUAA